AUGCCGCUGGCUGGCUGCCUUACGGUAGCCCAGGCGGCGUCUCCCCUCUACAAAUAUCCUGUCGACAUUCCAGGCCUGGGCAAGGUGCAGGGCGUUGCUGCCCUCAACAGCUCUGUGGCCGACUAUGUCGACAAUUGGGCCAACAUCUCUUUCUUUGGCGGCAUUCCGUUCGGUGCCAACCGCUUCGCGCCUCCUCAGCCUGUGGCGCCAUGGAACAUCACCCUGGACGCCUCCACCUUUGGCCCCAUCUGUCCUACCUCGAACCAGCAGAUCUCGACGUACCCCAUGAGCGAGGACUGCCUGUCCGUCAACAUCUGGACCCCGGCCACCUCGGCCGACGACAAGCUCCCCGUUGCUUUCUGGAGCUACGGCGACGGCACCGCCGCACCCCAGGCCCAGUUCAACGGCGGUGGUGUCGCCGGCAAAGGCAUCGUAUUUGUCACCUACAACUACCGCAAUGGCGCGCUGGGUUUCGUCGCCGACCCGAGCCUGCCCGAGGUUACCGGCAGCAACGCCACUGGCAACUGGGGCGUAUUGGACCAGUACCUCGCUCUCAAGUGGGCGCACGACAACAUGGCCGCCUUUGGUGGUGACCCGGACCACAUCACCGUCAUGGGCCAGUCCUUUGGCUCUGCCGCCACCUUCCACAUUGUCAAUAGCAACCUGACCACCAGCCUUGGCAUCCGAGAUCGCACCCUGGAUGAGGCGCUGGAGAUUGGUGCCGCCGCGCUCGCCGAUCUUAACGUCACCACUGUUGACGAAGCUCGCGCUCUUUCAUAUGAGACCAUCCUCGCUAGCACUGGCACCGAAGACCAGGAGGUUAAGCCUGUACUCGACUACUAUGCCAUUCCCGACAAAUACAUUGCCUCCAUUCGCCACGGCGCUGCUAAUAAGGUGCCCUACAUUACUGGCAACAACGCAGGCGAGUACGGUGUAAGCAAUACCUUCACCACUACUACUGAUGACUACAUCUCCUACGUCGAGGGAAUCACUGGCGACUUGAACGCAACAUUCCUUGCCGUCUACCCUGCCGAUAAUGAUACUCAGGCAUCGACCUCCCAGAUCGCCCUUGUCCGCGACCAGAGCACCGUUAGCAGCUGGCAGGCCAUGGAUGGCUUCAGCAACUCCUCGGGCGCCACCACCUACACUUACUACUGGAACUACGCCCCGCCCAACGACGGCAGUGCUUCCCAUGGUUCCGAGAUACCCUAUGCGCUUGGUAACCUCUGGGCUCAGGCUGGUGUCAACUACACUUCCGAGGACUUCUACGUCGCCAACGUGCUCAGCAGCUACUGGGCCAACUUUAUCAAGACCAGCGACCCUAACUCUGGGGACUCGUAUAACAACGGCACCCUGCCCGCCAUCUGGAAACCCAACUCUGUUGUGGGCAAGACUACCUUCAAGGUCGGUGCUGCUUAUGAAAACAUUGGCGUUGCAGGUUCGGAUGCCAAGAUCCAGGCUUUCUUGGAGUGGUUUGCCGUUACUCCUGCUAUCUAG